AUGGGGAGAGCAGUGGGGACGUUUCUGUGGGUAUGGAUCAGCCUGGACCUGAGUAUUUGCUCAGUUUCGUUUCCAGAAAUUGGUGACAGGAAAUUCGUUGAAGAGUGUGUUAGGGAACACAACAAGGCCCGGUCUGCUGCCAAUCCACCAGCAAGCAACAUGCUGUACAUGACAUGGGACAAGGAUUUGGCUAUUACUGCAAGAGAAUGGGCAAGUCGCUGUGAGUUUCGACACAACAUCUACCGUAAAAACAUCAGCCGUGUUAACCCUACUUUAACCUCCAUUGGAGAAAACAUAUGGACAGGUGCCCCACCAUCAACUUUUGGCGUAAAAGGUGCCAUACAGAGUUGGGUGAAUGAAAUUCAACAUUAUAACUACCAUGAGAACAGCUGUCAACAUGUCUGUGGCCAUUACACUCAGGUUGUGUGGGCUGAAAGCAACAAGGUUGGCUGUGCUGUCCAGCUGUGCCCAAAGGGUGUCAAACACUUUACUACUGAUGCAGGGGCUAUUUUUAUAUGCAACUACGCACCGAGUGGGAACUGGAAGGGAAAGCAGCCUUACCAGCUUGGACCGGCCUGCUCAGGAUGUGAAGGAGCUUGUGUAGACAGACUUUGUCGUAACAAAGAAUGAGAUUCAGAAAAAUGGACCACAGACUGGGAAUCCCUCCAAAGAGACUCCAACUACUGGAUCAUUCUGCUUGUUCGGCCCAUUGCCCUCAUCUUGAUAUUCCUUGUAACCUACGCUGUUCAAUACUUUUACCCAAAUAUUUUUUGCUAUGAAUAA